AAGGGAAAACAAUAAAAAAACAUUGAAAAUGGACGCCCUGGACAUACUGGAGAAGCGCAUCGAUGCAUUAACCCGAGUCCUGGGGCCCGUGCGGGAGGCGGAGAGCGACGAGGGAAUAGUGGACUCUCUUUGUUCCGCCAACGCCCUACUCAGUGAGGCGACAACAGGACGUGCCCAGCUGCAGCAGUGCGUGGGACGGGCGGCCGAGCUAGAGAAGUAUUUGGACCCCAACUUUCUGGACGAGCACCAGCAGGUGCGCUCCAAGGAAGUGUACCUCAAUGCGGUAGCACCCGAACUGCACACCCAGGCCGAACAGCUGGAGCGGAUAAAGCAACUGGAGCCGGCCCUGGGCGCGGAAUACUUCCGUAGCAUACCCAGCGAGUGCCUGGAUCAGCUGAAGCAGGUCACCCAAAACAACGGGGAGUAUGCACAGCAAAGCGAACUUAUCGAGGAGAGCCUCAUAUUGGCUAUGAAGCGGUACGGGGAGAUCCAGGAGGGUCUGCUCACCUCGCUGGAUGCCAUGAGCGCGCGCCUUGAUCAGGUGGAGCAGCGCAUGGAUCAGAAAAAGAAGAGCGAUCUCAACAAAGAUGUGCCUCCCAAGGACUGAUGACUGAGCACAUCCAUACGAGACUGCUGAAAGUAUUUAGAUAAGAUUUCCGAUCUACUCUCCACCUACAUAUACUCGUUUCCGAACAAAUAAAACUGGUCGGAUUCCCUGGUGGGGAGAAUGGAUCCAAGAUGCUUUUUCCAUUGUAAGUUUCCUUUUAUCGUUAUUUUAUGCUAGCACAAUAUAGAAUUCUACCAAAUUAAA